AUGAAGGGAGGAAUGAAAUCCAAAACUUCAUCAUCCAAAAUCAAAGCAGAUAAAAUUAAACCACUUGCAACACCAAAACCUCCAACGACAGUACCUCCUCCUUCAGUUAAUCCUUCAUCAUUCACUUUAUUAUAUCCAUUUCAAACAUUAAAGAAACAAAAAGAUUUUAAAAAGGAUUUCAAGAUAUUAAAUAAACCAAUUGACCCGAAAAUUCAACCGUUAAAGGAAAAAUUUAGUCGCCCUUCAUUUGCACCAUAUCCAUAUUCGUACGAAAUCGAUCAUCUGGAAUAUUCAAAAGGAAACGUUACUUAUUUAUUCACCAUUAACAUUAACACUAGAUAUUUAUAUUGCAUUCCGGUGAAAGGGAAAACAGAACAGGAAACAAGAAGAGCUAUACAAUACUUACUAGAUCAUGAAAGAGUAGAUAAUAUAAGGGGUGAUGGUGAUAAAGGAUUUCAGGCAGCUAUGAUUCAUUAUUUCCCACAAAUUAAUUUUUACUUUUCAUCCUCUCCAUAUACGUUUCAUAAUAAAAUAGUUGAUGCGGUAAUGAGAACUCUUAGAGAUGCGUUAGGGGUUAACGGUCAGAUAUACUGGGAUGGAAAUCAUGACUCCAUCAUACAGCAGUUAGUAUAUUAUUACAAUAAUACAUGGCAUAGAACUAUAAACAUGAAACCAGUGGAAAUGAAAAAUGAUAUUUCAAAAGAAUGGGAAUAUAUUAGAAAGCAAAUGGAAAGGUUAAAUGAUGUUAAACGUGAACAAAUUAAUUCGGGGCUCAUGAAUUUUAAACAAGGGGAUAAAGUUUUGAUUCAUCUCGAUUAUGGAAAAACUAAUAAAUCAAUGACAAAAAGAAGACGAAGAUUUGACACAAUAGCUGAAUUUGUUAGAUAUAUUAACGGCAAUGCAUUAGUUGAAGUUGACAAUAAAUUAAUAGAAAUUCCGAUUUAUUUUAUUACUCCAUUAUAUUUAAAUAAUAUUUAA